AUGGCAGCCACUGAGAAAAAUAUCGAAAAUGUUGAACUCAAUCAAGACGUUAUUGAUGAGCUCUCAGACGCUUCGGAUAUUGAAAUAACUUAUUUCUAUGAUAGUAAAAUGAAUGAAGGGGAGCCUCUAUAUUCUGUUACUUCUUCUAACACCAAGGACACCGUUCUUCCUUCGGGUUUUCUUGAUAGUGAAGCUGGACCUUCAUCUAAUGCGAAAGAAGAAUCUUCCCAUAAGCCGCCAAAGCCUGAUAAUUUAUCUGAAGAGAAUUCUAAUGAGAUUAAGAACAAAUUGAGUCCCAAGAAGUUCCGCCAACUGAUCAUCUUGAGAAAUAAAUUAUUUGAGAGAGCAAAGCAAUUGGGAGAACGUGAAGUUAAUUUCGACAAUGAAGAAGAAGAGGAAAGUUUGGUUUAUGAAGAAAUUCAUGUUCAACAAAUGAUUUUACGACUCGAGAAGAGGAUCUGUAAAGCACGUGCAAAGGAUGAUUCCUCUGAGAUGCUUACAGCUUUUAAAUGUGCUUUCUUGCCUCCGAUUAUCAUAAGCAACAGUGGUAACCCGAACAUUGAUAAGAAACUAACGCAACUUCUUGAGAGCAAACGAGGACCCUGUAUGCCUAUUGUAUCACAUGAUGAAGUGAAAGACAUAUGUAGACGUGUUCGAGAUGAGGAGUUAAUAAAUGAUAAGCAGAGCCAAAUUCCUGAAGCAUCAGACGAGUAUCUAUUUCCUAGUUACGUUACUCAUCUGACUGCCUUGAUCAGUAAAACUAUCAGGAGCAUUGCCUAUGACGAGGACUUGAAACAUUAUUCUGAGUUUUUACCAGAAGAGAAAGAAGAAGAGAUAGGGACCAAACAAGAAGAUCAACAUGAGGGACAUGCUCUUACUAAAGUUCUGAAGAUGAUUUCGGAUGGUGGAAUAGAGAACAUCAUCAAUAAUGAAGCGGAGGUUUUAAUAGACGAAAUUUUUCUUGAUUCGGACGAAGACGAGGACGAGGACGAACUGGAGUACGAAAGUGAAGACGAACAUUUGUCGGAAAUGAAGGAAGAGAAACUGAAUGAAAAUCUGGACUCAGUCAUGGAGGAAGAUAAACCAGUAAAUGGAGAUGUAGACUGUCCAUCGGGAGAACAAGAGCAAGUUGAGAAAGUUUUGGACUCGCUCACAACCGUAGACGAGCAAGUGAAGGAAGUUUUGGACUCUCUCAUAACCGUAUAUGAGCAAGUGAAGGAACUUUCGGAUUCACCAGUAACCGCGAAUGAGCAGGUGAAGGACGUUUUGGAUUCACCAAUAACCGGAGAUGAGCAAGUGAUGGAAGUUGUGGAUGCACCAAUAAAGAAAGAAGAACAAGUAAAGGAAGUUAUGGAUUCACCCAUAACCGGAUAUGAGCAAGUGAUGGAAGUUCUGGAUUCACCGAUAAAGGAAGAAGAACAAGUAAAGGAAGUUCUGGAUUCACCAAUAACCGGAGAUGAGCAAGUGAUGGAAGUUCUGGAUUCACCGAUAAAGGAAGAAGAACAAGAAAAGGAAGUUAUGGAGUCUGCAACGAUGGAAAAGGAGCAAGUGAUUGAAGUUUCGGAAUCUGGAAUGAAGGAAAACGAGCAAAUCAAGGAAGUUUCGAGCUGUACAAUAAAUGAUCACAAGCAAGUGAUAGCAAGUACAGACGAGCCUAUGAUGGAAGAAGUGGACACGCGGAGCAAGGAAGGAGCUCAAGAAGGACAAGAGGAAGGAAACGAAAAACAACAGGAAAAAGUGGAGCAGAAGGAAGAACAGAAAGAAGAACAGGAAGAAGGAGAUAAAGAAGUAGAAGAUAAAGCGAUGAAUGAGGAAUGUGAAGGUUCAAUCAAAACAGAUGUUCUUGACGAUGAAGCACGUUUGAAAUUACAAAGAGAAACUAAUGCUGAAAACAGGGUUUUCUACAACAUGUCCGAUUUUUUGAAACAGUCGACAGAAACUGAAAACGAUGACAUUCAAGUGGAAUGUGUAGUUGGAGGAUUCACUACAGGCGGAAUGACCUUCCCUGAAGAUAAGCCACAGAAGCUUUUUGGAGUCAAACUUUGGCUUCGGAAUAAUGAUUUUCCGUCUAAUCCCAACCCAUCACAUGAUGAAAUAAUUGAAGGACCACCAGUGAAAAGACUCCGCGCAGAAUAUCCACCGCGAGUCGAGAAUACACUAUCUAACACAGUUCCAACCACUGCAAGAGAGCUUGCUGAUGAUGAUGACAAAGCCUCUUCAAAAUCCUUAGAAAUUAUAUGUUGUAUAAAUCCACGUAAAUUCCUACACCAGCCUUCCGAGAUGGAGUUAGAUGGUGCCUCACAAAGCCGUGAUUCGGUAGAGGUAGUACAUGAAGUCAACCCUCGCCCUUUAAAACGAAACCAGCUUAUCAUCUCUAAAGAAUUACUUGAUAAUACCGAAGAUGGCAAUGAACGAAAAAGUGAUUCUAGCCAUUCCAAUCAAGACAAUCAUUCUUCUAGUAGUGAUUCUGAUGACAUUGAAAUCUUACCCAGCUCAAAAUGUCGCAGAAUACUUACUGUCGAAGACCUGAAUAAAAGGAGAGAAGCUUAUAAUAAUAGAUCGAAAGACUUCAUAAAUAAUAAGAGAGACGAAAAUGCUUCAAGCCCUCCACAUAACAACUCAGUUGUUCACCCAUCCCCCGUGAUCGUUGCCCCACCAUCUGUAUCAAAUCCUUCUCCCCCCAGUAAUAUACCUUACGUGAACCAAGUUCCUGAAUUAAGUUUUUUACCGGUGAACGAACCUCAGUCUGAUCCAAUUCCACAUCUUCCAACUCCCGAUGAUGACAUAAUUAUCCUUAAUUAA